AUGGUCGCGUUUGCUCGUGCUGCGUUUCCAUCGCAGCUAUCCGUCGCCCGUCCCAUGUUACGCCGGCGCAUUCACUCAUCGCCCUUCAGAUCAGCUGUUGCACACCCAGUGACUGCCCACGGUCCUCCUCCUAAAGCACCAGCUACUCCGUCAGUAGAGUUCAAGGAGACCUCAUCAAAUGCAGAGCUCCCAGCUUCUGGAGGUGAAGCCUCGCGAUACAAUCUCACUGCUGCGCUGAAGAAGCGGUUUUGGAAGGAUGUCCAUGUGCAUGGAAAGUCAGAUGAAUAUCAAGUCCUGCUUGACAAGCGACCCGUCAGAACCCCGGCGAAAGAAAUUCUUACUAUUCCCUCCACAAAGCCUCACCUUGCCCACGCUGUUGCGUUGGAGUGGGACGUAAUGGCCUCCGCCCAGAGUGCUCUCAAAAGCCACCUUAUACCCAUGACCUCCCUCGCAGCCCGCGCCACCGAUAUCGCCCGCGAAGAUGCCGAGGGUAAAAACACCACCAGAAAACAGAUCAUCACAACUGCCAUGCGGUACCUAGACACCGAUACUCUCCUCUGCUGGGAGCCUGAGCGACAAAUGCACGCAUUGGAACGGACGACAGCCGAUGGAAAGCCCAUCGAGAGCCUCCGCCAGAUUCAAACGAGGAUCGCGGGAAACAUCAUGAGCUUUUUGUCUACCAAGGUCUGGCCUGGUCUUGAAAUCAUUCCUAUCCUCGACAACAAUAGCAUUCUUCCUCUCUCUCAGCCGAAGGGUACAAAAGACAGUAUCUGCACAUGGGUUUCGGAACUAUCUGCAUAUGACUUGGCGGGUCUUGAGCGGGCAAUCCUUGCUUCCAAGAGUCUCCUUAUAGCGGUCCGCCUAGUGGUGGAAUGGAGCGAGAACUUCCGCCACAUUCAGCGACCUGAGACAAAGAAGUUCGGCAUCGAGGAGGCAGCUGAAGCUUCGAGUCUGGAGGUUACCUGGCAGACUAAUAUGUGGGGAGAAGUUGAGGAUACUCACGAUGUUGGCAAGGAAGACUUGAAGCGACAAUUGGGUAGUGUUGUGAUUUUGGUUCAUCUCCAGCAUAAACGCUCUCGAAGCGCAAUAGCACUUGCCCUCCUCCACCGUGACAAGUCUAAGGGCGAAGAUAAAGAUCUCGACGGAGACACAAACUCCGUCACCUCUACUUCCUCGAAUCCCGGCUCGUUGAAACACACCCCUAGUCGCCAUAGCCGUCGCAAACAAGGCCAGGACUUGAGUCCGCCACCAGCCAUUCAAGAAUCCGCCGAGAAUAUGAACACAGCCGAAGAUCUGCCUUCCUUGAAUCAGAUGGAGACUGGCAGCAUGUCGCUUGAGCAGUCUGUUCGCACCUUCCGUCUCUUCGAGAUUUUGCGCAGCGGCGAUACUACCGCUAUCUCCAAGGCCAUUAAGGAUACUACCGACCCGCAAGGCGCGAGUUGUCUCAACGGCACGACUGUCCUCCAUUUGGCUCUGCAGUGCGCCGAGCCCCAGGUUGUGGAAUAUGUGCUGUCCACUGCGGAGGACCUCGAUAUCAACUCGCGAGAUCGGGAUGGAAACACGCCACUUCACAUUGCCGCCCAGCUGGGUCGGGGCCCGCUUGUUCGCGAAUUGCUGAACCGACCGUCUAUAAAUGAUUCCAUUGUCAACUAUCGGGGUCAGACGGCUCUCGAUUUGGCCCGUACCCCUGAAAUCUUCCAACAGCUUCAGCUUGCGCGGUCUCUCUUCAUUGAUAGCAAGAACCAGGAGAUUCAGGGUUUGAUUGGGCGCUCUGAUUAUAAGGGAUUGGAGGCUUUACUCGAGGAACCUCGAGUGGAGGGUAUUAUGGAUGUGAACAGUUACGAUCUAGUUACUGACCCGACGACAGCCCAAUCGGGUGGCACGCUUCUGCAUGAGGGUGCUAGAAAUAAAGAUGCGCAGCUCAUUGAAAUCCUUCUAACACAUGGCGCGGAUCCUUUCCGUCGUGACAAGAAGGGGAAGCUACCGCAGGAUGUUACCAAAGAUGAUAAAACCCGCGCUCUCUUGAAGAGAUCACCGGCUGCUGUUAUUGCUCAGCGCGGUAUCCAGGAAAGGGCUAUACUCGGAAAUAGUAAUGCCCAAGGCCUUGCCGGGCGCGUUUCGGUUGGCGAUGCCCCGCUUGGAGGCAAGGACGCUCGCGAGAUGAGAGGUUAUCUAAAGAAAUGGACGAAUUACACCACGGGGUACAAGUUGCGCUGGUUCGUUCUGGAGGAUGGAGUUUUGAGUUAUUAUAAACAUCAAGAUGAUGCAGGCUCUGCUUGUCGCGGUGCGAUCAACAUGAAGAUUGCUAGACUUAGCAUGGAUGCUCAGGAUAAGACGCGCUUUGAAAUCCACGGCAAGUCAUCGGUCAAAUACCACCUCAAGGCCAACCAUGUUGUGGAGGCAAAACGCUGGUUCUGGUCCCUCAACAAUGCCAUACAGUGGGCCAAGGAUGAAGCGAAGGAGGAGGAGCGUCAGCGGUCGAAGAAUGCGGAGGUACUUCGUCAGGCUAAGAUCGACCAGACAGAAGGACGCCCUGCGGAUACGCCAUCGGAGUCUGGCCUUUCUCACAAGCCCAGUACAAAGGGUCUCGCUCCUCCAUCUCUAGGCGGUGGCAGCAGCAGUGGCACAAGGCUCAGCACAUAUGCAUCCCGCACCACCUUGGAUAUCCCAGCCGGGGACGAAGAUAGCUCCGCUUACGGCGGCUCUUAUGACCAGAUCCUUGCCCCAAACGACAUGAACAGAGUAACGAGCCGUGUUACAACUGCACCAGACGGAGAGGAAGAUGAUGAAGAAUUCGUCGACUAUGGUUCAAGCCACGAGAAUGAGAUGCCAGCCGCUGAUAAAGAUGCUCUAAAUAUCACCGCACAGUCUGCAAAGCUUCAGUUGGAUCUUCUUGCAAAUGUGGCUGCCUCGAUACAGAGGGAGAAAUCCAAGAAUCCAGAAAUGACCAUCUCGGAUCCAGCCCUCGAAGAAGCCCUCGGUGCUUAUGAAGCUGCAGUCAGCAGUCUCAAAGGCCUAGUGCAGAAUCUGCUCAAGAUCUCACGAGAUCGAGACUCUUACUGGCAAUCUCGUCUCAGUAGGGAAGAGUCCAUUCGUCAGAUGUGGGAAGAAAGCAUGGCCCGCGUGGCCCGCGAGCACGAGGAGCUGCAAUCCAAGAUGGGCGAGUCUGAGGAGAAGCGGAAGCGGACCAAGCGGGCCCUGAAAGAAGCCCUGGAGAGCGCAACAGGCAGUAGCCGUUCUAUCGCUGGUGUCCAACCCCCUUUGCCGACAAACAACCAAGAUCUUGAGGUUAGCCAAACUGAACGUGGGGCUGCCGAGAUGCUGGUUGAAGCAGACCAGGCUACACAUAAACCAUCCAUGACACCCGCGCUCACUCGCAAUCCAUCAACGUACUCCAAGCUAAGCAGUCUCUGUGGCUCGGAAUCGGAUGGAGAAGAGUUUUUUGAUGCUAUUGAUGCCGGUGAAAUCGAGGUAGAGGAUUUCAACAACGCCGAGAAGAGCAAUAUGGAACAACCUAAAGAUGAAAGUGCCGAGCUUCGGGCUGUGAAGAGUAGCAUCAUUGCACCCUCCUUUAAGGGUUAUGAAGAUCCCAUCAGAGAGCGACUUAAGAUGGAUGCUGAUGAUAGGCCAAAGAUCUCUUUGUGGAGCAUUCUGAAAUCUAUGAUUGGAAAGGACAUGACGAAGAUGACACUCCCGGUGUCCUUCAACGAACCAACUUCACUGCUUCAGCGAGUGGCUGAGGAUCUUGAAUAUACCGACCUCCUUGAUAUCGCUGCUGGCCGGUCUGAUUCAAUGGAACGACUGGUCUACGUCGCCACGUACGCCGCAAGUGAGUAUGCCUCGACCAUUGGCCGUGUCGCAAAGCCCUUCAAUCCCCUGCUGGGUGAAACCUUCGAGUACGUGCGUCCGGACAAGGGCUAUCGAUUCUUUGUGGAGCAAGUUAGUCACCACCCACCAAUUGGAGCUGCGUGGGCCGAGUCGCCCAGAUGGGACUACUGGGGUGAGUCGUCCCUCAAGUCCAAGUUCUACGGCAAAUCCUUUGACAUCAACCUGCUGGGCACAUGGUUCCUGAAGUUGCGACCUUCCUCCGGUGGAGAGGAGCUUUACACGUGGAAGAAGGUGACCUCGUCGGUCAUCGGGAUCAUCACUGGUAACCCCACAGUGGACAACUACGGUUUGAUGGAAAUCAAGAACUGGACCACCGGCGAAGUCUGCUACCUCGACUUUAAGCCCCGUGGCUGGAAAGCCUCAUCGGCCUACCAGGUGACAGGAAAGGUCGUUGACAGCGAAGGCUCCCCCAAAUGGAGCAUUGGUGGCCGCUGGAACGAUAAGAUCUACGCGCGCCACACCCCCGGCUUUGAGGCACCUGUCUCCGGCCAGGAUCCCGAGUCUGCCAAGACCUUCUUGGUUUGGCAGGCUCAUGAUCGUCCUACGGGUAUACCUUUCAACUUGACUCCGUUCGUGAUCACGCUCAACGCUCUCCCCGAGGGCUUGAAAGAGUGGUUACCUCCCACUGAUACCAGAUUGCGACCCGAUCAGCGUGCUAUGGAAGAUGGUGAAUAUUCUUUGGCUGCUGAUGAGAAGCACCGCGUUGAAGAGAAGCAGCGUGCUAAGCGCAGAGAUCGCGAUACCAACGGCGAUGUCUACGCGCCGCAAUGGUUCGUCCGUGACAAGUGUCCUGUUACCGGAGAGGAGUUCUGGGCUCAUAAUGGAAAAUACUGGGAGUCCAGAGAAGCACAUGAUUGGAGUCGAUCCGAGGAUAUCUUCUGA